UAAAAAUAGUAAUGAAGUUUGCAAGCGGACCAUAGAAAAAAGGAACAAGUUUUUAAAAAACCAAUUACUUUUUUCUUCUGGUGGAAAUGAAAGUGGGUUCAGCGUACAAACUGGCAAAUUAGUCAAGAGUCUGAAGGAAAAUGAGAGAGUAGAAAUACUCAAGAGAGCCAAUAUAACAACAAAGAGUAUAACUCCAGAGGAAUUUGUAGCAAUGAAGGCAGACUUGAGUAUUCCCUGGUCAAAAUUAAAAACAAUGUCAAGGUAUGGCUGAAAAUUGAGUACUAAUACAUAAAUAAUUAUAUAUAUGAAAAUUCACAAAAAAGACAGAAUAGACAUGUUACACCUUUUUAAAUAAGACUUUUAAAAUCAUGAGACUCAAAUGAAAAGUAUGAUUCUUAUGAAAAAGGUGUUAUACAUCUACCUGUUUAUAUAUUUAUCAUAAUAGCAUUUAUGCAAAAUUAAUACCUUAAGGAAAGAAAGUGUGUCAGCAGUGUUGGUGGAUUAGUGCUCAUCAAAUUUAUUUUAUUUAGCAUCUGUCAAAUUAAAUUCUUACCAAAAAAGAAAACUGCAAACUUUAUUUUCCUAAGGUAUAUAGUAUGCACAUUUAAAAAAAUAAUAAUAUUCUGCAUAUAGAUGGUUAUCAACCUUUAACAUAUCCAUACCAUCACAGAGAAAACAAAGAAAAGUGGCUACGGAAUGGACUGGUGAUCAAUUGCGUUCAGAACUAGCUCCAUUCUCAUUCGAAGUUAAAGGGCACAAAGGCAAAUUUGAAAUAAGAAGUGCAGCAUGGGUUUAUGUUGAAAGCCUGGAAUCCCAAGUCAAAACAAUGUUUCACUGUCUAAGACAGUAGGUUUUUGUGUUUACUUACUCUUAGGAAAAAGAUACAUAUAGUUAAAAAAAACUUAAAAAAUAAAUAAAAAUAAAAAUUUAAGACAGAUGCAAUUCUACUUCUAUUUAGGAAUGGACUAUUAACUGAUUACCCCUUCAUGAAUAAUGAAAUACAUGUAAAAAUAGGAGGAGAUCAUGGCGGUGGUUCAUUCAAGCUUUCAUUUCAAAUAUGUAACACAAAGAAUCCAAACAGCAAGUCAAACACUGUGGUCUUCAGUAUCUUUGAGGCCAAGGAUAGAAGAUCAAAUUUGAAAAUUGGGACAAGUCGAUUUACAGAACAAAUUGAUAGACUACAGUCCAGCAAAUUUGGGUUGGUAUUUAUCACAUUUUUGUUAGAGUUAACACUUCUAUGUUUAAAAUUUAUACCUAUAUUCUACAUUUAGUGACCAGAGAGUAAGAGUAUUUCUUUCGGGUGAUUACGAAUUUUUAAGCAGUGCAUAUGGCAUAACCGGAGCUAACGGUAUGUAAAAAUAGUACAAAAUAUAAAAAAAGUACAAAAUAUAAAAUGUAUUAGUCAAAAUAAAAAAUCACAUUUUAUUUUAUUUUCAUUUAAAAUAUUCAGGGAGACACCCAUGUUUGUAUUGCAUAGCAACAAAAGAAGAAAUACAGAAACCUGUGGAUAUGCGUGGAAAAUUUCCUGUAAGAACCCUGGAAACUUUGAAGGAGAAUUUAGCAAAAUUUAGAGACUCUGGUGGCAAUUUGAAGAAUGCAAAAUUCAACUACAAUGUAAUUGAUGACCCACUUUUUAACAUUCCAAUUGACCAGGCAUCUUUACCUGGACUACACAUUUCCUUGGGAUGUUUUUUAAAAUUUUUUACAAUGUUUGAAGAUAAAUGCCACAGUGUGGACAUCGCGUUAGCAACCAAGAUGGCAAACGCUAAUCAGAAAACCCAAGAAGAGGAAUUUAACAAGUUUAUUGCUUUAACAUCAGAAAUAGACUUGUUAGAAAAAAAUAUUGAAGACUGUGAUGAAAAGAUCCAAUUGAUUAAUGACACCAUCAUUGCAGCUGUAAUGCGAGACCCAAACAAUGAGGAUAAAAUUAAAAACAUGUACCAACUAAGAAUUGAACACUUUGAAGCAAAAAAGAUUGAAAAGACCAACCGUAUUGAGGAGUUAAAAGAAGCAAACAAUUUUAAAAAAACUGAUGGUCCUUGUGUGCAAGCAGUUGAUGCUAUCCUCAACAAGCUCAACAUUAAACGCCAAGCUUAUUAUGGUGGUAGCUUUAUUGGAAAUCAUGUAAAUAAAAUGCUUGAGCCUAACAACUUUAUCCAAAUGUGCAAUAUACUUCCAAUCACUGUCACUAAACUUGGAUACAAUGGAUCAGACAUACAUGCAGAUGCUAUUUUACAUGCUGAAAACUUUAAACAGCUGUUUUUACAUUAUUCGAAAUGUCACAAAACAUUAAAUACACGUGAAGUUAUGAACCAAGACAAAAUUGAAAACUUUGGUAGGUAUAUUAUAUAAACACUAAUAAUUGGUCACAUUUUUGCACAAAUUACACACAUAUAUAAAAGCCAUAACAUGUAAACAUUUGUUUUAGAACUAAAUGUAAAAGAACUGAUGGUGUUUCUUCGAGAUAUAUUUCCCCUUCAAUCGAUCACUCCAAAGUUACAUCUACUUGAGGAUCAUGCCGUAAACUUUGUUUCUGCUUGGGGUACAGGUUUAGGGUUCUAUGGAGAACAAGGUGCAGAAAGCAUCCAUGCUGAAUUCAAUGGCAUUGCACGGCUAUACCAUGCAGUAAAACCGGACACAAAUCGUCUACUUUUAAUGACAAAGGAGCAUUAUUUGCGAUGUAACCCCGUAGGACAAGGGAUGGUUCCUGAAAUAAAAAAGAGAAAACUCUCUACUAGCUAGCUCUAGCUGAUGUUUAUAGAGCAUCCCUUCACAAUGUGUAUAUCAUGUAUAUAUAAUGUAAAUAUUUUUAUUGGAUGUUCAUUGAAUAGCUAGGCUGACUCACCGUGGUGUGGAAGGUGCCUUUUUCCUUCGACUUUGUGAUAAUAAAAACACCACAAAAAAAAGUGAAAUGGUUUUUAAUUUACUAAACUUACCAUCAGGAUGGUGUUGAUAAGCUAAAUCUAAGAGUCUUUCCUACAGAAAACUUUAGUUAAAAAGAUAUUACAAUUUUACUACACCCACUACCAAUUUUAAUGUUUUGGAAGGGGACGAAGUCCCACGUCAAAUACUGGAGAAAACAAUAAACUUUUUUAUAACUUACUUAUUCCUCCGGCUACAUCGCUCCUUCCUCUUCAGAAAAA